AGCAGCAGGAAGACAUCUACCGUAACCCCAGUCCACCUGGUACACCCUGGAUAGGUGCAGGGCACCCGGAACCUAGGUCCCCAGUGUAUUACGAGCUGGACGAUCCGCGUACUCCCCGGCUUCAGUAUGAGGACUCUCGUUCUCCAAGGCUGCAUUUCGAGCCUGAGAGGGAAGACGACCACGUAGAGCGGAGGGACAUGCUCCAGCAUCCGCAUCAGCAUCAGACCCCUCACAUCCCCGAGCAUACACCUCGUAUGCCCUUCCCCCUCCCCUCCCCCCUGACGCUCAAAGCCGACCGUCCCCCCGCUCCGCCAACGAUCCACAUCACCCCCGCUGCCUACCCCCCUUACUCCCGGGGCGUGAGCAUCAAGCGCAGGAAUACGAUUGCCAGCACGGUGAGCGCCACGUCGGGGACGUCGACGAGCAGCAGCAGUACUGGCUGGGGCCCGAUCCAAGGGUUGGCGAACCUCGUCGAGCGCGCGAUUGCUAGAUGGGCAAGGCACGCGCAUUCUACUUCGUCGGAAGCGAGCUCUUCCCGCAGCAGCCUGAUCUCCUACCCUACGUAUAGGGCGCCCCC